GGGCGGGCUCGGGGAGGUUGGUUGGAGCGUCGUAGAAGCCGAGAGGUCCGGGAAAGUUUCUUUGGAGGUGCGGCCGGGAGUGGCCAUGUCCCACGGUCCCAAGCAGCCCGGCGCGGCUGCCGCGCCGGCGAGCGGCAAGGCUCCAGGACAGCAUGGGGGCUUCGUGGUGGCUGUCAAGCAAGAGCGCGGCGAGGGCCCGAGGGCCGGAGAGAAGGGGUCCCACGAGGAGGAGCCGGUGAAGAAGCGAGGCUGGCCCAAAGGCAAGAAGCGGAAGAAAAUCCUGCCGAAUGGGCCCAAGGCACCUGUCACCGGCUACGUGCGCUUCCUGAACGAGCGGCGCGAGCAGAUCCGGACGCGCCACCCGGACCUGCCCUUUCCUGAGAUCACCAAGAUGCUGGGCGCCGAGUGGAGCAAGCUGCAGCCGGCGGAGAAGCAGCGGUACCUAGACGAGGCUGAGCGGGAGAAGCAGCAGUACAUGAAGGAGCUGAGGGCGUACCAGCAGUCAGAAGCCUACAAGAUGUGCACAGAGAAGAUCCAGGAAAAGAAGAUCAAGAAAGAGGACUCCAGCUCCGGGCUCAUGAAUACCCUUUUGAAUGGACACAAGGGUGGAGACUGUGACGGCUUCUCCACUUUCGACGUCCCCAUCUUCACGGAAGAGUUCUUGGACCAAAACAAAGCGCGGGAGGCGGAGCUGCGGCGCCUGAGGAAGAUGAACGUGGCCUUCGAGGAGCAGAACGCGGUGCUGCAGAGGCACACGCAGAGCAUGAGCAGCGCGCGCGAGCGCCUGGAGCAGGAGCUGGCGCUGGAGGAGCGGCGGACACUGGCGCUGCAGCAGCAGCUCCACGCGGUGCGCCAGGCGCUCACCGCCAGCUUCGCCUCGCUGCCGGUGCCGGGCACAGGCGAGACGCCCACGCUCAGCACCCUGGACUUCUACAUGGCGCGGCUGCACGGUGCCAUAGAGCGCGACCCCGCGCAGCACGAGAAGCUCAUCGUCCGCAUCAAGGAGAUCCUGGCCCAGGUCGCCAGUGAGCAUCUAUGAGGGUGUCUGCUGCCCCAUGAUCCAGAGAAGACCAAGCCCUGGUCACGGCCCCUCCCCCACCCCCACCCCAUGGAGGAGGGGUGUGGGUCCAUCCUUUGGGGCCAGGCCCAGUCCUGCACCUUGGGGGCUCC